AUGGGGCCUGCUACGUGGCAGCGAGAAUUUAUCGGCUCUCACGAAUCUUCUGUCUCCCUUCGUGGAGGAGGCAAGACGAAGGGAAACGAGGCAGAGCUUGCAAGAGCAAAACUGCAGUGUAUCUCUAGGAUUCUGGCCAUGGCGAGACUACGCCUGCUUAGCUACGGCAUCCGCAGGCUGUACGCGUACACCUUGAACGAAUCCGUAGCUCAGAACAUACAAAACACAAUCAAGAAAACAAGCAUGGAAUUGCGAAAAGAAGCCAUUACCACUGGAUCUGCACUCGUCAUGUCUUUCAUUCGGAUGAGUGACAAGGCGUCCCUCGUCAGAGCGUUCUGGAUUCUGGUGCUCAACUCCGAAAUUCAAAAUCAUGCACAAGAAAUCCAAGCCAAAAAUGAGCAGCUUAAAGAGGCGCAACAACAAGCCGCAAGUAAAACGCGUUCCGGCUACUCCCCGACAACCUGUCGGGCAUGCCAUGCGUGGACUGUGCUAUCAUCGGAAUUGAAUCAAAGCCAGUCUCCUCCAGCACGGCAUCCAGCGGAGCCUCUGAUAGGCAAUACGAAGAGUGGAGGGUUAGGUUUGGCACCUUCCCAAGGGGGUGGUAUUCCGCUUCCCGUUGCGUAUGCGCCUCACUACUUUCGCGAUCUUCCGUCAGCUCAAAAGCGUCGAAAUAUGUACUUCACCACUACGCCUCCCCGAGUGCCGCAGGGAGUCCAUCCAAGUACUGUUCAGAGGGCACGAGACUUGGCGCUCUCUCAGGAGACGUUCUUCCGGCCAGCAUCAGUGGCUGAGGGCUGGAAAGGCACUGGUACUAACGGCUUAGGAAUAGGUUUGGAACCUGUAGGUUCCGUUGUGGGAUCUCGCGCGAUGCCUAAGGAGACCAAGCUAGACGCAGCCAAGGAGAUUCUCAAGGGCGCUCUUGGCUUGCCUGCGACCACACCAGCCUCUCAACCCCUGACUGCGGCACAGAGGAAUGACGCCUAUAUGGAGCAGCUGCUUCGAGCAACAGACCAGCGCCUGAAGCUGCAGUGA